CGGAAGAAUGUCGUCACCGCCGCGCAGCGCGGGAGUCGAGAUCUGCCCUUGGCAGAAAGGAGUCUUCUUUUUUCCGCUCUUUUUUUCCUCCGCCCCUAAAAGGUUGACUCAGACCGAGAGUUCUGCCACGCUGAACCGGAGGGUUUGCUGCGUGAGCAGCGUGCUGUAGGAGAGGAUUAGUUAGCAGCAACUGCUGAUUGGCAGUAAAGGGGUUCACUCCCUAUCUCCUGCUUUAGCAAAACUGGAACAGCCAAUCAGAGCGAGGACUGACGGCAGUGACCCAAUCCUGGAGCUGGGCUGAGGGCAGGGGCGGGGACAAAUGGUUCAGGUGGAUUCCGAGCUAGAACUGCCCUGGGGAGCUCGUUUGCUGCUGCUAUUGCUGUACUGGGAGUCCGGUGGCCAGGCAAAAAGCCCUCUCAGGUUUAAGGGGAGUCAUGAGCCGUUUCCUGAAUGUGUUAAGAAGCUGGCUGGUUAUGGUGUCCAUCAUAGCCAUGGGGAACACACUACAGAGCUUCCGAGACCACACCUUUCUUUAUGAAAAGCUCUACACUGGCAAGCCAAACCUCGUGAAUGGCCUCCAAGCUCGGACCUUUGGGAUCUGGACACUGCUCUCAUCAGUGAUUCGCUGCCUCUGUGCCAUUGACAUUCACAACAAGACGCUCUACCACAUCACACUCUGGACCUUCCUCCUCGCCCUGGGGCACUUCCUCUCAGAGUUGUUUGUAUACGGAACUGCAGCUCCCACGGUGGGCGUCCUGGCACCCCUGAUGGUGGCAAGUCUCUCCAUCCUGGGUAUGCUAGUUGGGCUCCGUUACCUAGAAGCAGAACCAGUAUCCAGACAGAAAAAGAGAAACUGAGGCCGCAUUCCACCUCCAAGACUUCAUCGUCUUCCAUCUCUGCCGUCUUCUUCCAUCCUCAUCUCUGCUCUUUUAAUUUCUUCUUUUCCGUUCCAUUAGCAGUCCCUUUAUUCACUUUUAGCCUCUUAAGUUUUUUCUAUAUUUUUAAAAUUUUAAGAUAUGACAUGCAUACAGAAAAGUAUAUAACAUGAAUGUACAAUAUAAAGAAUAAUUUUAA